UCUUUGUUCCGCGCUCCUUCUGGCAGCAGGAGGACUGCACGAGCAGUCGCACUCCUGAACUCAUGAGCGAGCACGGGUUGGUCCUUGGCUCAAGCAUUUGCAGACGGUUUCCCGCUGGGUUGCUAAAGGCGACAGCAGCACAGGCAGCAGUGCAGCGGCGGCAGCGCCGGCGGCAGAGGAUGCAGCUCAUCCGGGCGAUCGCGUGCCUUCCAGCCGUUGCUGUCGCGCAGCUGCCAGGCGCAACGAAGGUGGAGCAGGGGCCGCCGAUUGUGAUCGCAGAGUGCACCCUCCAGGAUGGCUGCAAGGCGCAGCAGAGGGCCCUGACAUUGGACGCCAACUGGCGCUGGACCCACGGCCAGACCUGCCAGGGUACGGGCCCGGCCGCACAGUGUUCCAGCUCGGGCAACUGCUACACCGACGGGUCGUGGGACAAGACCAUGUGCCCCGACCCGAAGUCCUGCGCGGAGAACUGCGCCCUCGAGGGCGUCACCCUCGACGACUAUGACAACACCUACGGCAUCACGCCGGUCCCCGGCGGCGUCGAGUUGGGCUUUGUGCGCGGCCCGAACGUCGGCUCCCGCAUGUACGUGCUGGAGAAGCCGGACAAGUACAAGCAGUGGAAGCUGCUGAACAAGGAGUUCACCUUCGAUGUCGACGUGUCCACCCUGCCCUGCGGCCUGAACGGCGCGCUGUACUUCAGCGAGAUGGAGGAGGACGGUGGCAUGAAGCACAAGGGAAACAAGGCCGGUGCGAAGUACGGGACGGGCUAUUGCGACGCCCAGUGCCCGCAUGACGUGAAGUUCAUGAAUGGCGAGAGCAAUACCCUCGAGUGGAACACGACCGCCGCGCUCGGCAAGUACGGGCUGUGCUGCGCGGAGGUCGACAUCUGGGAGGCGAACUCCGAGUCCACAGCCUUCACGAUGCACCCGUGUACUAUCGACGAGACGUAUUUGUGCAAGGGGAAGGAGUGCGGCGACAACGCGAAAAAGGAGCGCUACGACGGAGUUUGCGACAAGGACGGCUGCGAUUUCAACUCCUACCGCAUGGGCAAGGAAGACUUUUUUGGACCUGGCAAAGAGUUCACUGUCGAUACCACGAAGCCAAUGACGGUGGUAACCCAGUUCGUGACUGACGAUGGCACUGACGACGGCGACCUCGUGGAGAUUAGGCGCCUUUACGUGCAGAAUGGCAAGGUGAUCAAGAACUCGAACGCCGAUAUCUUGGGGCCGGACGGCGGGGACUCCAUCACCGAAGCGUUUUGCACCGCCCAGAAGAAGAAGUUCAACGACCCCGACGAUUUUGCCAAGAAGAAGGGCCUGAAGCAGACCGGAGAGGCGCUGCGCCGCGGGAUGACGCUGGUCCUGUCCCUGUGGGACGACUUCCAGUGCCGGAUGCUUUGGCUCGACUCCGACAUGGGGAAGGGCGACCACUCCACACCGGGCGUGGCGCGGGGCCCGUGCAAGACGACGUCCGGGUUGCCCGCGGACGUGCGAGCCAAGUACCCAGACGCGUAUACGACGUACUCCAACAUCAUGUAUGGGGAGAUCGGGUCUACGUACACCGCCAGCGAGGAUGAGAAACCAGACAAGACCGUUGCGACAGGGUUUCCAGUCGCUGCCAGCGGGGUCACGGCCGUGAGCGGCGGCGCCGUCCAGCAACAGCAGCAACAGGUCAUGCAGCAGCCGCAACAGCAGGUCAUGCAGCAGCCGCAGCAGCAGCAGGCUACACAGCAGCAGGUGCCAUCUGCAGGAGCCUCUUCAGGGAGUUGCUCGGGCGUAUUUCAGCAGUGCGGCGGCACCACCUGGACUGGCGCGACGUGCUGCCAGACCGGCUGCACCUGCACUCAACAGGGGGGGCCCUCGUACUCGCAGUGCCUGCCACCCACCGGCGCCUACCUGUGCUCCGGCCCCGUUCAGCAGGGCCUCAUCCAGCGGAAUUCCCUGCGCGAGGCGUCCGCCCCGCGCGCCGACGGCUCCGAAACGCAGUGGGCAUCGGCCACCGUGCUGCGAGCAGCGCUGCCCGCCCUGCUCAUGGCAGUGGCGGCAGCCGCGGUGUGGAUGCGCGCACGCAGGAUCAGGUCCUCGGCGCAGCUGCGCAGUGAUGAGCUUAACUUGAUGGCAUCCGCCGAGUGAGCGGGCCCGGCCUCCUCCUCCUCCUCCUCCUCAUCCUCCUCCCCCUCCUCCUCCUCCUCCUCCUCUUCCUCCUCAUCCUCUUCCUCCUCCUCCUCCUCUUCCUCCUGGUCUCUCUUAGUCAAAUUGUUUUUGCUGGCAAUUCACACCUCGAAUUGG